GUUCACCUACACGCACUUGUAAAAUAAUAAUAAAACAGAAAAAAUUUAAAAGAAAAAGAAAAGAUUUAAUAUUGUUCCUCCAUUUUUAUAGCAUCUUUUAGUUUUGUCUGCCCAAUUUCGUACUCGAAAAGCCACCACCAGUCACCACCUUCCGCCGCCCCUUUCCGGUUGUCUCCUUUCAUCGGAGAAGAAGACCAAAAUCAUGACUUACGCUACUCACGUUCUUCGUCACUCCAAAAAGAUCAGGAGUUCUUCGAAUUUAAUACGACAUGACUCUGCUAUUCUUGUCCGCUGGUUCAGUAAUGGCACGAGGCCUUCUAUGGAGAAGGGAGACGACAAUUUAAGGUGCCAGUAUGGUUUCGUAUCGGGAGAGAGGCACAGCAUUCUUAAGUCCUUCAACAGAUGCAACUCAGGUUCAGCGCUUUCCCACAACAGUUGUAGAACAGUAGCUCCCAUGAUGUCAUUUGGAAAUGCUCUGAGAACUACAAUUGCUCCAUGCACCUCCACCGGUAGCAUGUCUUUCAUGAGAGGGUCUUCAGGAUCACAAGCGCCUUCAAGGAGGGGUUUCUCCACUGCUUCAGAUCUUCCUCCACACCAAGAGAUUGGGAUGCCCUCUCUUUCACCUACAAUGACAGAGGGAAAUAUUGCCAGAUGGUUAAAGAAAGAGGGUGAUAAAGUUUCUCCUGGUGAAGUGCUCUGUGAAGUGGAAACAGAUAAAGCGACAGUGGAGAUGGAGAGCAUGGAAGAGGGAUAUCUAGCUAAGAUUCUUCACGGAGACGGAGCAAGCAGUAUCAAAGUUGGAGAGGUGAUUGCUAUUACUGUUGAAGAGGAAGAUGACAUUGCAAAAUUUAAAGAUUACCAGCCUUCAACAUCAGAUGCCACACCUUCACCAAAAGCUCCUGCUUCUCCACCUCCUCCCAAAGAAGAGGUUGCCAAGAAACCUGUUACCCCGUCAGAGCCGAAAGUUUCUAAACCUAGUGCGCCUCCGGCAGAUCGCAUUUUUGCUAGUCCGCUGGCUAGGAAAAUUGCGGAAGAUCACAAUAUACCUCUCACAAACAUCAAAGGAACAGGUCCUGAGGGACGUAUUGUGAAAGCUGAUAUUGAUGAUUAUCUUGCGUCACGUGGAAAGGAAGCCCCUGCAGCAGCUCCCAAGGCUGACACAUCUCUGGAUUACACGGAUAUUCCUGUUGCACAGAUCAGAAAGGUGACAGCUUCUAGGUUGCUGUUGUCAAAGCAAACCAUUCCCCAUUACUAUUUGACUGUUGAUACAUGUGUCGACAAACUUAUAGAACUGAGGAGCCAGCUCAAUUCAUUGCAAGAGGCUUCAGGAGGAAAGAAGUUAUCUGUUAAUGAUCUUGUAAUAAAGGCUGCUGCUUUGGCUCUUCGGAAAGUUCCUCAGUGCAACAGUUCAUGGACCAAUGACUACAUUCGUCAGUAUCACAACGUAAAUAUCAAUGUAGCAGUGCAGACUGACAAUGGUCUUUAUGUUCCUGUCGUCCGGGAUGCUGAUAAGAAAGGUUUAUCCGCUAUUUCUGAGGAAGUGAAGAACUUGGCCCAGAAAGCAAAAGAGAACAGCUUAAAACCACAGGAUUAUGAGGGUGGGACAUUCACCGUCAGCAAUUUGGGAGGGCCUUUUGGCAUUAAACAGUUCUGUGCCAUCAUUAACCCUCCACAAUCAGCCAUCCUAGCAGUUGGAUCUGCUGAGAGAAGGGUGCUUCCAGGAUCCGGCCAAGACCAGUAUAAGUUUGCCAGUAUGAUGUCUGUAACAUUGAGCUGCGAUCACCGGGUGAUUGAUGGCGCUAUUGGUGCAGAAUGGCUCAAAGCAUUCAAAGGCUACAUAGAGAAUCCAGAGUCUAUGUUACUGUAGAUUGAUACUUCCCUUUUUUUUGGUCGAUCCUUUGAAUUCUUCACGUUUUCCUCAACAAAUGGGAUGUACUUGGAUGUAUGAUAAAUGCGAUUUUACGUGCCAUGGCCUGAUCUUAUUGCUUGAUAUAAGCAUCUUAUUAGUGAAAGUGGCUGAACAACUUCGGAAUAAAUGAGGCUGCAAGGCUAAUGUACCAUUGGUUUAGGCUUUUCGUUCGUGCAGAGUGUUAACUCCAGAGUUUUGCUCGAUAUCAUUGAGUUGAUUAUCUGUCUGAAGUAGAUGGAAUACUUGCUGUAAAUUCAUUUUUAAAAAAAAUAAGAUUCACUGAUCUCUUUAA